CUCAGAGCAACACUCUUGUGGGGGAGACAUCCACUGGUCAAAGCUCACAGAUAGGAAUGGAUAUGUUUGUUGGUAUGAGUGAAGAUGAAAUCACUGACCACGUAAUUCAGAUGAGCCUUCAAGAAACUUGGCAAAAUCCAUUUUUAUUACCAAAAGACAGUUUAGAGAUUUUAAGUGAUGAAAAUGUAAAACUUCUGGAUGCUAUCAAGGAAGGUGAUAUAUCAGCUUUGCAAGAGCUGCAGAAGUUCCCCUCUGCUUUCUUGGAGGUGGACAGUGGCGGUUGGCUGCCUCUCCACAGGGCAGCAGUCCAGCCACUAGCCAAGGUGCUGGAGACAGUCUUAAACUCCCCCUGUGAUCACGAUCUUGAGAAAAAGACAAAGGUGGGUGAGACUUGUCUCACUAUGGCUGUUGAAGCUGGUCUGUUGGAGAAUGUGAGAACAUUGCUGGAGUUUGGAGCAUCUCCUUCAUGUUGCAAUAGCAAGAAUGAGUCUCCUCUUCUGCUGGCGGUGAGGACAGGCUCCUAUGAGCUGGUCAGUGUCCUCCUCUCCUACGGGGCCUCUGUGGGCCAGGCCUGUGCCAAAAAGUGGACUGCUAUGCACGAGGCAGCCAAGAGGGGCUACAGUGACAUCAUGGUGCUAUUGUUUAGUUGGGAUGGGAAGGUGACAUUCAGAGAUCAACAUGGUGUGACUCCACUGGGAACUGCAGCAGAAAGCGGCCACGAAGAGAUCAUCCGAAUCCUGCUUCAAAACGGUGCCAAUGUGAAUGCCCAAUCUAACAAUGGGGAGAGUGCCUUGAUAGAGGCAGCCAGCGCAGGCAAUCCAGAUUGUGUCAAUCUUCUAUUGAUGAAUGGGGCUAAUCCCAAUCUAGCCAAUGUUUCUGGCCUCCUUCCCAUUCAUCGGGCUGCCUACGAUGGACACCUCCUUGUUCUGCGGAUAUUGAUCCUCGUCACCUCUAGAAGAUCUGUGCGGUUCUCCGGCCAGAGUCCGGUCCAUUCUGCUGCUGAUGGCGGCCAUGCACAGUGCCUGCAGCUGCUGAUUGAGUCGGGAUUUGACGUCAACACAACUCUGAGUCAGACCGUCUCAGACACCUACAGUGACAUGCGGCGGAGUGCCCUUUACUUUGCCGUCUCCAAUGGGGAUGUCACCUGCACAGAGAUGUUACUGAAUGCUGGAGCCAAAGCUGACCUGGACCCCCUAAGCUGCCUCCUAGUGGCCGUACGGGCCGGCAGAUAUGAGAUUGUGAAACUGCUGUUGGCCAAAAACGCUAAUGUGAACAGCUACUUCACUCUGGUCAGCAACACGGUCUUCCCUACCGCUCUGCAAUACUGCCUUAGAGAUGAGAUAAUGAUGAGACUUCUGCUCAACCAUGGCUACGAUGUGAAGAAAUGCUUCAGCUGUCACCAUGACAACCCCUCUGAUUUGACCUUCUGCCGGAGGAGUCCUUGUGAUCUGCUGUGUCAGGUUAACAGUGAUAAAAUCCCUUUCUGUGAGUUCAUUGGCCUGCACUGCCUCAAGCACCUCUCUGGGAAGGUGUUGCAGAUUCUCCUGGACUACGUGAGUAAUGUCAACCUUUGCUCCAAGCUCAGACACAUUCUAAAGAAACAGACGGAGUGGGAAGACGUUUCGGAGAUCAUUUGUAACCCUCGCUCUCUGAUGCACCUUUGCAGACUGAAAGUCAGAGGACUCUUGCAUCUGAACUCGCUCCAUGAUUCCAGCCCCAUGGAUUGUUUUCCACCCAGAAUUAUGAAUUAUCUGUUGUUUAAGGAGAAUGGCCUUUAUGACCUGUCUGCUGUGCCUGUCUGAAGCCUUGGUCUGUUCCAAUAAUGUCAUCAACAUCUUAUACUGUACAUAAUAUACUUGAAUUUGUUUUGCUAUUGUCAUUUCCUGAGGGCUUUUCAAUAAAGCCUGAUAUGGUAUCACAA